AUGGCAACCUGUGCUCAUGGGGAGGUUCCAAUAUCUAAGGGAGAUAAAUUAAAUAAGGAUCGGUGUCCCAAAACAAGUGUUGAUAAAAGGGAAAUGGAGUUUGUACCAUAUGCUAGAUUAGUUGGCAGUUUCAUGUAUGCACAAGUGUGCACUAGAUUAGAUCUAUCUUUUACUGAUGGCAUGUUAUCCAGGUUUCAAUCUGAUCAUGGACACAAGCACUGGAUUGUUGAUAAAAAGAGUGUAAAGAAGCUUGAACUCAUAGGCUUUACAGAUUCAUACUUUGCAAGCAAUUAUCCUGCAUCAAUGAAAUCUACUUGUGGAUAUGUGUAUAUGUUGGCAGGUGGUGCAGUGGCUUGGAAAACAAUGAAACAGUCAUUGAUAGCCACAUCCACUAUGCAAGCAGAAAUAAUAGCCAUAUAUGAAGCUGCUGUGUUCUUCAGCAAGAAUAGUAAGAGGUCUAAUAAUUCAAAACAUAUAGACUUGAAGUUCUACAGUGUGAGAAAGAGGGUAAAAGAUGAAGAAAUUGAUAUAGCUGCCGUUAGUACAGAUGCACAGCUUGCAGACCCUUUUACCAAGGCAUUAUCAGUUUCAGCUUUCAAGAAGCAUGUUGAAGACAUGGGAAUUUUGUCUAGUUUGGAUUCUUGA